AUGGCCAACCCAGUUAAACCACGUUCUGAGAUGACACAAGAAGAGCUUGCUGCUAAAGAGCAAGAGGAGUUCAAUGUCGGACCAUUGUCCAUCUUGACCAACUCUGUGAAAAAUAACGCUCAGGUUCUCAUCAACUGCAGAAACAACAAGAAACUUUUAGGAAGAGUCAAAGCUUUCGAUAGACAUUGCAACAUGGUUCUCGAAAAUGUCAAGGAAAUGUGGACUGAAGCACCGAAAACGGGAAAAGGAAAGAAGAAGGCGAAGGCUGUAGCUAAGGAUAGAUUCAUUUCUAAAAUGUUCCUUCGAGGAGAUUCUGUUAUUCUGGUUCUCAAGAAUCCUCUUUCAACUGCGGAUUAA